UGAGAUUCUGCUUCGGCCCAGCCAAUAGGGUCAGGGCAGGGGGCGUGGCGGGAAGUUUGAAACGCCUGGCUUUGGGAGUUGUUUUUCGAGCUGAUAGUGUUCUCCCCGAGGUCGAGCUGGGGCUCGCCGGGCGUCCCCACCGCUCGUGGAGAUGGGCUCUACUCAGAGCAUCUCAGGCACUCCAGCGCGGCCUCUGCCACACAACAAGCAUCUGGCUCGGGUAGCAGACCCUCGUUCACCUAGCGCCGGUAUCCAGCGCACUCCUAUUCAGGUGGAGAGCUCCCCGCAGCCAAGUCUGCCAACAGAGCAGCCGAGCAGUCCUAAGCUAGCCCAGGACCCAGACCCCCGCUCUCCUACUCUUGGCAUUGCACGGACACCCAUGAAGAUCGGUGCUGCAGACCCUCAGAGUCCCCUGAUGAGAGAACUGAGUGAAGUAUUUGAGACCGAAGCUUCCAAGUCCAUCUCCCCUGCAGAGCUAGCUCUACCCCAGCAAACACCUUUAUCUUCUGAACUGGACCUGCCUUUGGAGACUCAGUUAUCCCUAGAGGACCAGUUGCUGCCUUGGAGCCAGCCUGAACUCCCCUCCAAACAGGUGUUUACCAAGGAGGAAGCUAAACAAUCCACAGAAACCAUAAUUGCCAGCCAGAACUCAGACAUGCCCUCAAGAGAUCCUGAGACUCCCCAGUCUUCAGGUUCUAAGCGCAGUAGACGGAAAGCAAACAGCAAGGUGCUAGGGAGAUCCCCUCUCACCGUCCUGCAGGAUGACAACUCCCCUGGGACCUUGACAUUGCGACAGGGUAAACGACCUUCUCCUCUAAGUGAGAAUGGUAAGGACCUAAAGGAAGGAGUCAUUCUUGGAACUGGAAGAUUCCUGAAAACUGGAGGAGCAUGGGAGCAAAACCAGGACCAUGACAAGGAAAAUCAACACUUUGCUUUAAUGGAGAGCUAGGUCCACGCUGGGUUCACCCAGCGUCUGGCGAUAGUCUCUUUCCCCAAGAGCACUGAGCAAAGUCAGGCUCCUCCCAGGCUGCCACCUCUGGUACUUGGAUGUUGUUUUGUUUUGUGUGUUUCUUUUCAUAUUAAAGGAGAUGGUUUUAAAUGA